AUGACGGAGGCCGAGAAGAUAAAGGUGGAGAAGCCAGACUUCGACGCCUACAAUGAGAAGCUGGACAGCAUUUCGGAGUCGAUUGACCAAGUGAAGAAGAAAAUCGACAACCUGCAGAAGGAGAUAAAGGUGGCGAACAAGGGCAAGGAGGAUUUCAACAAGAAGAAGAAGGACAUCGUGAUGAGGAUCGACGGAGUGCAGCAGGAAAUAGAUAAGCUGGAAAGUGAAAGGAGAACCAUUCUGGACGAAAUGGAGAAGAAGCAGAAGCACAAGAAGGAGUUGAAGGUGAAUGCCCAGAACAUGAAGAAGCAAAUAGGGUUCCACAACGAGGAGGACAUCGAAAAAAAAAUUAAAGAAAUAGAAAACAAGCUGAUGACCUCAACGAUCUCCAUAAAGGAGGAGAAGCUGCUCAUCAACCAGAUCCAGGCGUUGAACAAGAACAAGCCGCUACUCUCCUCGUAUAGCAAAAUGGAAAAUGAAGCGAGCAAAUAUGAUGACGAGACAAUUGUGCCACUGAAAAGCAAAAUGGACUCCAUCCGAGAGCAGAUAAACAAGCUAAGGAAUGAAAAGAAAAACGAAAGAAAUAAACUGAAGGAGUUGCAAAAUAGCUAUCAAGAGAAAAACAGCAAAUUGAAUGAGCUUAACAAUUUGAGAGACAAUUAUUCGAAGAAAAUGAACAGCUAUUUUGUGGAGAGAAGGAACCUCACCGUUGAGAUGGAGGAGAAGAGACAGCAGUAUAGGACCUAUAAGAUUAACUUAAUGCAGGCUAAGCAGCAAAAGUUGAAGGAGGAUAGGGAAAGGAAAAACCUAGAAAUAGAGAAGCAGUCACUAGAGAAGGAGCUAGAAGACAUAGACCUCCUGCCCUACAGGGAGGAGCUCGCCUUGAUUGAAAACAUGCUCGUUUACUUAAAGAAGAUACAGGAGGAAAACAAAUUGGAGGAGGCCAAGAGGAAUCAGGGCAGCGCCACGGCGAACACGGCGAACGCGAACACGGCGAACGCGAACGCUGCGAAGAAGGCCAAUGGGGAUGUGAAUACCCCGGAGAAGGAUAAGCAGCCAACCGAUGAUGCCGCUGCCAAGGGGAAGAAAGCCAAAGGAAAGAAGGACAAACAUAAAAUCUUCAAAUUAGAUAUGAACAUCCUCUGCUACUUCGUCACUGCGGGCAUAAGUCCCCCCGUCAGCUUCGACGAGGUGGAUUCCUGCAUCUCCAAGCUGGUCGAGAAGAGGGAGUUCUACGAGACCAAGCGGGACGAGAGCGUCAAGAAUGUCGAGACCCGGCGCGCGGACCUCACCGGCAAGAUUAAGGAAAUCGAGGACAAACUGACAGCCUUCAAGCCGAGCGACCACCAGAGAGCCCCGAAACCCAACAAGGCCAAGGCCUGA